UUUUAUCUUUUUUUGGCAUCUCCAUUUGGAGAAAUGGCCGAUUUUGUUGCUUCUUCAUCUAAAACGAUCUUAAUGCCAAGCAAAUCAAAUACCCGCUGGCACACAAUUAGUAACAGAAGCAGAGGCAGCAGUAGUAGAAGUAGCCUUUCUUCCAUUGUUUUUCCAUUGUUAUUGUCCUCGUCCGCGCCCGCCCACUUUCUUCUUAUUUGCAAAACAGCACUUUAUUUCUUGCCUCCUUAUCUAUUUUUCGCAAUUUUGUCGGCAUUCGAAUCGGAAGUAUUAUUUAUUUAUUCAAAUGAACUCACGCUCAUUGCUCAAGACAGCCCUCUCGGCGCCCUCGCUUGCCUCCAGACGAUUCCUUAGCAGCAGCAGCACACACAGAGCACCCAAAAAGAUUGGCAUUCUGAUGAUGAACAUGGGUGGGCCGCGCACACAGGACGAUGUCAAGCAGUUCCUGACCAACAUAUUCAACGACCGUGACAUCCUCAAGCUUCCGAUGCAGAGUAUCCUGGGCCAGUUUAUUGCCAUGCGGCGGGUGGGCAAGGUCAAACAGCAGUAUAUGCAAAUCGGCGGUGGCUCCCCCAUUGAAAUGUGGACGCGCACUCAGGGAAGGGGCAUGGUUGACAUUCUCAACAAUACGUCCCCGAACUCCGGCCCCCACAACUACUACGUGGGGUUCCGAUACACCAGCCCAGACAUGCCCCAGGCAGUUGAACAGAUGCUAAGCGACGGCAUCGAACACGUAAUUGCAUUCUCGCAGUACCAGCAGUACUCGGGGUCCACCACGGGCAGCAACCUCAACGAGCUAUACCGCGUGCAGAAGAGGCUCGAUCCGGGUUCGAAAGUCCAGUGGAGCUUCAUUGACCGUUGGGGCACACACCCGAAGCUCAUCAGCUCAUUUGCCGAUCGUAUCGAGGAUCAGAUCAAAAAACUGACUGAAGACGUACGCCACACCACGCCGAUUCUGUUUUCGGCCCACUCAUUGCCGCUCAAUGUGGUCGAUCGCGGCGACCCCUAUGUGGCCGAGGUCGGCGGCACAGUCGCCUAUGUCAUCAACGAGCUUCGCCGCCGGGGCAUUGAGAACCCGUACCGCUUAGUGUGGCAGUCCGCCGUGGGUCCGCUCAGGUGGCUCGGCCCCCAGACUGAGUCCGCCAUCAAGAGCUAUGCUAGCUCUGGCUACAAAUCGCUGGUCAUGGUACCCAUUGCCUUCACCUCUGACCACAUCGAGACGCUGUUUGAGCUUGACAUUGAGUACAGUGAGGUCGCUGAAGAGGCCGGCAUCACCCAGUUCCUGCGCGCUGAGGCCCUGAACGACUACCCGCCGUUCAUCGACGCCCUGGCAACAAUCGUCAAAGAGCACAUUGACACUGGGUUCCUGACCAGCCGGCAGCUGAUGUUGCCCGAUCCUGGAGAGGAGUCCGAGCAGACCAGGAUCACACGGCAGUGGAUCGCUACUCAGGCCAAACAGAUCGCUGACAGCGGCCACCAUGCGUGAAAGAAAAAGAGAGAGAUAGAGAUAUCGGUCAACCGCGACAGAUCGUAACCGAAUAGACCCGUGGCAAAUAAUGGCUCGCACGCACAAUGUACAGAAGCCGCCUCUGCUGUCGCUAAUAAAUCUAUGUUCAACUUUUUCUUCUCUCACACCAACAGUCGACGAUAUUGCAAUAUACAUGUGUGUGAG